AUGUUCAUAACCACUGCGGUCAAGAAUUUCCGACCCAAUUUGCGACUGUUACAGUCUGCUUCAAGGCAUUCGAGUGCCAUGGUUUACGAGCCGCCCAAAUUCGACGAAUUGAAUUCUGAGACAUGGAUUAAAUUAAAUAAGGACACCAAGGAAGAAAUUCAAGAGUACUUGGAUUGGAAAAUGGAAGAUCGCUGGUCGAAUAUGUCACCGCGUGAACAAAGAGCCAUAUAUUUCAUUUCGUAUGGUGAAUGGGGACCCAGAGCUAAGUCUGGUUCCAAAGAAGCUCAAAUGCAGAUGUCUGGAGCUGAAAUCAUACUCAGAGGGAUCUUCAGUGGGGUGCUCUUUACAGCAGUGGCAGUAAGCAUAAUGAACUACCAAAGUGAUCGCAAAAUGAAAGAAAACUUGAACAAAUUAGAAGAGGGUAUUUGA